AUGCCUCUCCGUGCCAAUGUCUCCACCGUCCCGCCAAUUCCGUGGGAGUUGCCGAACACGGGCGGAAAGCAAGGAGGGAUCUGGUCGCCAACAUCUCUCACUCUCAUCCAUGGCGAAAAGGAGGCGCUUCUUGUGGACACUCCAAUCACUAUCCCCCAGACAGAAAAACUCAUUGAGUGGCUCGAAAAGACAGUCCCAGAAAAGCGCCUAACAACCGUCUACAUCACCCACGGCCAUCCAGACCACUGGCUUGGCCUCUCCACCCUGAAGAAGAAAUACUCGGACAUACGCAUACUAUCGACGGCAGCCACCUUGGAGCAUAUGAAGUACGAUAUCGAUACCGAUUUGGUGUUUUCAGAGGCAUUCCCUGCGAGCGGGAGAUUCAAUAUCGAAGGCCAUGAGUGUCACGCAAUUGAAGUGGGCCAUUCUGACACAAGAAAUUCAACCAUUCUCUGGGUGCCGAGCCUCAAACUCGCCCCGUGUGGAGAUGUUGUGUAUGGAGAUGUGCACCAGAUGUUGGGUGAGGCAAACACGACAGAGCUACGUAGUGAGUGGAUCUCGGCCAUCGAGAAGGUUGAAGCUUUCGGCCCUGAAAUCGUGAUAGGGGGGCAUCGGAUGAGCGGGGAGGUAGCCGGGGUACUCCACUUGGCUGCAACAAAGCGAUACAUUCAGCAAUUCGAAAAGCUUCUCCCGACUUGCAAGAGUUCGGACGAGCUCCAAGCAAAGAUGGAAGAGCUAUACCCGGAUAGAUUUAAUCCCAACGUCCUAAAAUGGGGUUGCAAUGUUGCCUUUGGUCUACCAAUGUUUGAGGGAUUGUAA